UCAGUUUCUCUACGUUAUUGUGCCACUGUCAAUACUGGAAGUUGCUGAGGAAGCAUUCAGACCAUCCGACGCGUAUGUGCAGGAACGUGAGAAUUCAGAAACGUGAUGACGUAACAUGUGGACGCCGUUAUUUGCGUACAGUCUGUGGUUAUUUGCUGCAACGUUUGCUGUUGAGUACUUAAAGGUCUCUGGCUGUCAAAGAUACUCGGUGAAAAUACGCCAACAAACCACAUUCACACUGACAGAGCUCUACAUUGCAUGCUACAAGACAACGUCGAGCUGACAUCGAAGACAGUGGGAAGGUGGAGAAGGGCUAAAGGCAGACCCAUGGCUGCAGUGCAUCAUCCGCGGUUCCCACACAGGGACUCACUCUACUGGGAUGAAACAGACUGCCAAAACUACUAUGGGAUGUUGUCACUCCAUGAGGUCUUUGAAGUAGUUGGUUGUCAGUUAACAGAAACUGACAUUGAGGUGUUGUCCUUCCUCCUGAAUGAAGCCUGUCCUGCACCUCACCCCCUUGACCCAACAGGUUGGACAGUUAAGCCCUGUGAGGACGAUCCUAAUGACUUAGGCGUUCCUCCGAGUCCUGAGCUGCUAAAGGCCUGGAUGCGUUUGAAGCCUGAGGGCUCCCAGGGUCCCUUAGUGGCCUCAUGCGCGCCUAAGAGUGGGCUUGAGCUGUUGUUAGAGCUGGAGAAGCGAGGUUACCUCAGCGACGGGACUCUGGAGCCACUACUGCAACUACUGAGAGUCCUCACUCGUCACGACCUGCUGCCGCUCGUGUCACACAAGUGUAGACCGACAGUAACUCCAGAAAGAAUAGGACCAAUGCCUCGCAGCAAAAAGCCGACAGAAAUACUUCAUCCAUAUUAUGCACAGCGCUUGAGAACUGGUGUUGUCCCCCCUGUGACUGGGCCAUCUGUUAGUGGGAGGAGGAAGAAGAGGGGAAAUAGCUGGAGCCGCAGGCCAACGAGAUCAAGCAGAACCGGCCCACCUCUGCCUCCUCCACCACCACCACCACCACCAGCACAUAAAGACUCCUGCAAUAUCCGCCUGCAUGUCCGGGCCGAGUACCUGGAGCACGAGUCGGCUCUCCGGGAGGGAGUCUCGUCAGACAAACAGCAGCCCCUGGAGCGGCAGUUUGAGUUGUUCAGCAAAGCCAACACUCUGCUCCGGUCCAGAGACCUCGGGACCGUCAUCUGCAACAUCAAGUUCACAGAUCUUGACAAACUGGAGCAGUUCUGGGCGGACUACCUCAGCGGAGUUCUGCUGGAGACCAUGAAGGGAGUGUUCAUCACCGACAACCUGAGGAGGGCUGCAGGCAGGGAGGGCGUCCGCCUGAUGCUCAGUGUGGACCAGGACGACUAUGAGGAAGGCCGAAUGCUGCUGACAGACAGCAUAAUGCUGUCAUCUAGUAAGGGUGGGGGGAACAGAGACUUGCUGAGCUUUAUAGGCUUAUAAGAGAGUAGGAUAUUGACUUUAAAUAACAUUAUCAUUUUUGUUGCAAUCCCUGUAAUAACCACUAGAUGGCAGCUCUUACCAUUGGUUGUUUGUGAUCAUAAUCAGCCUUACAUUUUCAGAACAGUUAUUUUGUUUAAAAAAAACAUUACCUCUAUUUGUGAAAGAGAUCUGAAUAAUAAUGUGCUUUCAUGAACAGGUGCCACUUUGUAGGACACCAGGAUUAGACAGGAUAUGACUUCUUAGACACCGAGAAAGCAAGUGUGCCAAAAUAAGUGGUAAUAAAAAAGGUUACCACAAUUUAUGUGCAACAAGUGAUAGAAAAUAUCACAAAUAACUACAUAUUGUUUAGGGUUGAGAUUACAUACACACACAUUUACAUACACACAAACACUCCUGAAAGAAGAAAGGCAGUUGUUUUAGAGCAUGUUGUACUCGUAGAGUAGUGAUGAUUUUGAGUAGCACUUCUUUAUUUUACACUAAUAUAAAGGACAAAGAAACAUGCCAAGUUAAGUUUCUGAUCUUUAAAAAAAUGCCAGAGAGUUGAGCAAAGACGAAAAAAGUGGCCCUCGCUCGGUAAAGAUUGACCUUUGUGUCCAACUUUGGAGAGUGGAGCCCACGCAUACACACCUAGAUAACCAACGGGGACUCUCAGCCCUGUGUGCAAUGAUAACUCGACUUGUGAUUGCCGUGGUCAGUGGAUACGGCAGUUGCCAGUAGAUGACAGCAGUGAUUAGGGCUAGGCCUCAGUAGACCAUGGAAGAUUCAUCAUCCAAAGCUUGUCAACAGACACCCAGAUAAUGCAAUGGUGGCUUGUGCCCGUGCUUCCAGCUAGGCCUCGGCAAGUGCCUCUCUCAGCAAGUAAAGCACAGGACAGCGCGUCGGUCAAUAGAAGUGAUGUUGGGGAGAUCAAAAUCAAAAGUGCACAUCCCAGCUCCACUCAGCCCUGCGAUGUAGGCCCAGUAGAGUGGCUCACGGACAGCUGUCGACUCGCCCUGCUGGAACUAAUGCCUGGACUUCACUCAUAGAACACGAUCAAUAAGCCCCCCCUCCGUACCGCCACGACUUAAGCAGGCAGACUCGCUACUGUCUGAAGCGCAGGCCAGCCGGGCAGAGGGAGGGACAAUGGACAUAUUUCUGUUUGCUUAAGUGUCGUUUGGAUACUGAAUUUGUAUGUUUAAUUAUAGACUGUAUAUUCAUAAAAAAAGAAGAAAAUUCAGGGAAACAUGUUAAAGAACAAUUUCUUUUGGAAUGCCAAUUCUUUCUGUUGAUGUUUGUCUAAAUAUGAAAUAUUAUUUCUGGUGAAUAAUAAAAGUUUAAAGGCCUAAA